GUGGCCCUGAGCUCCCGUUGUGCCGAGCCUUCUCGGGCUCAUCCAAGUGCACAUGUGCUUUAAAACAAUGUCACUUCAGCUUCGGCCUGCGCACAGCAAUUAACCUUUAAUAGUCCUUUGAUUCUAGAUCAAAAACAAAGAACCAGAGAACUUGAAAAGCCCUUGGGAAAAAAUUGUGAUAUUUUUGAGUUCCGUUAUUGCUGCUGCUGUAAUGCUUGUGCUGCCAUCUAGUGGGCAGUGUGAAGUACUCAGCAGGCUUGCGGGGCUUGGAGUCUCUUCCCGGUGGCUAAUUCCUUCCCUACUAUUAAUUUCCAAAGGGCACCGAAGAGCCGUUCGGUUCUGAGCGUUAAAUCGUUAUUGAGAAGCCACUUCGGGAUAGGUUUGUGAGCAGCUUAUGUGACAUUUCAGAACCAGGUGUGACAUGCAAAGGGGUCCUCAGCCUGGCCUGGAACUGGCAGAGAAGAUUUCACACAUUGGCAAACUGAGAGACUUUCUUCUGGAGCACAGGAAAGACUAUAUUAAUGCUUAUAGCCAUAUCAUGUCUGAAUAUGUGAGGAUGACUGACGCAGAGCGAGACCAGAUAGACCAGGACGCUCAGACAUUCAUGAGGACCUGCUCAGAAGCAAUUCAGCAGCUGAGAAAUCAAGCCCACAAGGAGAUCCACUCACAGCAAGUGAAGGAGCACAGGAGCGCCAUUCUGGACUUCACUGAAGAUUACCUAAAAAGAGUCUGUAAACUGUACUCGGAGCAGAGAGCCAUCCGCGUCAAGCGAGUGGUGGAUAAGAAGAGACUGUCUAAGCUGGAGCCAGAAGCAAAUGCAAAGACAAGAGAAUCCGGGUCUUCUGAGGAAGCUUCCCAGGAUCCUUCAAAAGACUCUGCAGAGAAACCCGUCACGGAAGAGUAUCCAGAAAAGGUUCUGACGGAAGUACAGCCCGAGUUGGGAACCUGGGGAGAUGGCAAAGGUGAAGACGAGCUAUCUCCAGAAGAAAUACAAAUGUUUGAACAAGAGAACCAGCGCCUCAUUGGAGAAAUGAACAGCCUGUUUGACGAAGUGAGGCAAAUCGAAGGGAAAGUGGUUGAAAUUUCCAGACUUCAAGAGAUAUUCACAGAAAAGGUUUUACAACAGGAAGCCGAGAUCGACAACAUCCACCAGCUAGUGGUGGGGGCCACCGAGAACAUCAAGGAAGGCAACGAGGACAUCAGAGAGGCCAUCAAGAACAAUGCAGGCUUCCGCGUGUGGGUGCUGUUCUUCCUGGUGAUGUGCUCCUUCUCCCUGCUCUUCCUCGACUGGUACGACAGCUAGUCCUGCCCGCAGGCGGCGUGGCCUCGGCAUCGGCUGUGAUCCUGACCAGGUUUUACCACAGAGCCAUUUGCCGGGCGGGGGUGGGGGCCAGACGGACAACUACACCCCACAAAAGGGACACCCAAACCUGGGGUUUUAAGCCCAUUAGUGGCUGAAAAAGAAAAACAAUGACCAGAAACUGGAAGUGGUCUGUGUGGGGGUCAGAGGCUGGGUGGGUAGAGAAAUAGAUGGGUCAUUGUGUCUCACUGGAGGCCACCCAGGUCUCCACGUCACCAGCUGUCCCAGCUCAGAGGAGGCAGUACCUGCCCUCCCGCAGCCUGACCUCCUGCCUCUGGGCGAAGGAGCUUUCGUGCAGAGGAACGGGCCACGGAGAACUGGGCCUGUCGCUCUUGGCUGUGCACCUGACCCCCUAGCAGAUGAGAAUACCUGUCAGGCCAGCACGGGACACCUGGAGUCCUGUCUGUCCAAGGAGACACCUGAGAGUGGGUGCGGACGGCCCUGCACUGGUCCUACGACAGGCGUGCUGUACAGACGCUGGGCUGGCAGCCUCAGGGACCCUUGUCUUUAUUUGCCAAGAAAAUGUCAGCAGUGUGUGAAAGAAUUGACAGCCAAUAAAUCCGUCUACUAGAAAACACAGAUGGGCCUGCCCUGACCCCGUGGACUUGUCUACAGAUAGAUGGGCGCGGGAACCCUUUCGCACAUGGUUAUCACUGCGUGUGCGCCCCACUGCUCCACAGCGCGAGUGCCGCAGUGCACACGCCUGCCGCAGCCACGGCCUGUUUCCCGACACCCAGAAAGAAAACAUCGUGUUAGAAGCGCGUUUCAGGAAGCGGGAAUGGAGGUGGCCAUGAUCACCAUGCUCGCUCGCAACAAGUCUUGCACUGUUGUCAUUUAUUUCUGAUCUACUAAAAAACAGGGACACUUUCGACACGUCCAUCAAAAACAACACAUUCAAAUAACAUGGAAGAAAAUG